AUGCAUUCAAGUAUUGGCACACCAGAUACAGAGUCCUGUCCCAACUCCUUGGAAAACUAACAGCAAAAAUCACUGGCCGACACACUGAGAAGUAACUAGAGAGAGAGAGAGAGAGAGAGAGAGAGAGAGAGAGAGAGAGUUGUCUGUUGCUUGGUUAUGGGGAGGAGUCCUUGCUGCUCAAAAGAAGGCUUGAAUAGAGGAGCAUGGACAGCAAUGGAAGACAAAAUACUGGCAGACUACGUUAAAAUUCAUGGCGAAGGACAGUGGAGAAACCUGCCAAAAAGAGCAGGUCUUAAAAGAUGCGGGAAGAGUUGCAGGUUAAGGUGGCUAAAUUAUCUGAGACCUGAUAUCAAGAGAGGGAACAUUACUCCUGAUGAAGAGGAACUCAUUAUCAGGCUUCACAAACUCCUGGGAAACAGGUGGUCUCUUAUAGCUGGGAGGCUUCCAGGGCGAACAGACAAUGAAAUCAAGAACUAUUGGAACACCAACAUCAGCAAAAAGUUGCAAGGCCAACAAAGCCACUCUUUAAGUAACCGUAAACCGCAGCCUUCUCAAGCAAAUUCCAAUUCAUGCGUGAUCAGGACCAAGGCAACAAGGUGCACAAAAGUUUUCCUUAACAGGCCAGAACCAGAACUUGAAGACACUAAACCAUCACUGCUACGACCCUCUUCGCUGUCUGAGGAGCUCGAAUCAUCAGAAUAUGUGCCCAAGGAGGAUAACGAUCCAUCAAAUUUCAUGAUCGAUUUAGAGGUGGAUGAAAAUUUUUUAUCAGAAUUUCUUCUCAAUUCCGAAUUCUCACAGCUACAGCCAUCUCAUUUUCAAAACAAAGGAGAUAGUUACAGUAACUCUGACACAUGUGAACAAGGCCAAUAUUCAUCAACAAAUUCUGAUCAAUCCCUUGUCUUUUCUGAUGAUAUGAUGCAAGACGUGGACUUUUCAUCCCUAGCUUCUUUAAUGGAGUCUGAAUUAGACUGGCUUGAAGACCAAGCAGACCCUAAUUAAUUACUAAAACCACCAAAAACACUUUCUAUAUAUUUAAUAUCAUGAUGUAUAUUAAUGCUUAGACAUCUUGGAGUACUAGCUAGUGAAGUGGUUUUCUUGAUUAUGAUCUGACCCCUGACCAUUCUUGAUUGAAC